AUGGCUCCAUCUCCCAGGAGAAGCAGUAGGAAAGAUGCCAGCACCUUGCCAAGCAUGUCCUCAACUUUCUGGGCUAUCAUGAUCCUGGCUAGUCUCCUAAUCGCUUACUGCAGUCAACUGGCUGCAGGUACAUGUGAGAUUGUUACUUUGGACAGAGAUAGCAGUCAGCCCCGAAGGACUAUAGCCCGACAAACAGCUCGCUGUGCAUGUAAAAAAGGACAGAUUGCCGGUACAACAAGAGCAAGGCCAGCCUGUGUUGAUGCACGAAUUAUCAAAACAAAACAGUGGUGUGAAAUGCUUCCAUGUUUAGAAGGAGAAGGCUGUGAUUUGCUAAUCAAUAAAUCAGGCUGGACCUGUACACAACCAGGAGGACGGAUAAAGACAACCACGCUCUUUAAUGCUAUUGACAUGAAUGGAAUGACUCAUAAUUUUGAUUAA